AUGUCGCCGAUACCGCCUUCAAUCCACCACAAGCCCGUCCUUCGUCUCCAUUUGGACGACAUUACUCACUCCGCAACACAAAUAACAAAUGCUUCCCUAGAUGGCGGCCUCUACCUCGCCAGAGCCAUCGAACAUGUGAUCAGCCACCUGUACAAGCCUUAUGGGUUGAGUGAGAUCCCCAAGGUCCGCUCGGUGACUGUCGUGUUGAGGUCAAUGGGCGGAGUUGCCUACACUACCGGUUUACCACUGGAUGAUUUACAUAAAGAAAUCCACCUAUCCUUAGAUUACGUCCAGGCAGUACAGUCUCGAAGCUCGUCGGACAUCCGGCAUGAAAUCGCCGGAGUCAUCACGCACGAGAUGGUCCACUGUUUUCAGCAUAAUGGACAUGGAACUGCCCCUGGUGGACUCAUCGAAGGCGUCGCAGACUUCGUUCGGUUGAAGUCAGGACUGGCUCCUCCACAUUGGAAGAAAACGGCGGACUCACGAGGCCAGAAAUGGGACGAAGGCUAUCAAAAGACGGCCUGGUUUCUAGAAUGGCUAGAAGACAAGAAGGGCGCAGGCACCGUCAGCAGGUUGAACGCUACGUUGAAGGCAGAGAAAUACAACGAAGAGAAAUUUUGGAAGGAUCUAGUAGGGGCCUCCGUUCAAACGCUGUGGAACCAGUACAAGGAGACUUGGGAAAUGGAGGACACCAGUUCGGAUUGCUCCACCACAUUGAAAGGUCAGGAAUGA